UCAAAAUUAGAACGAUCUUCAUCAUCACCACACCACACCACACUCUUUCACUCUCUCUCAAAAUCUAAACCCAUAAACUCACCGCUUUCUUCUCCGGCCCUCCGAACUCAAUUUGUGCUCUCUAAACCACCACAAAUCCGACCUCUCUUUUAACCUCCCUCUCACCUCAAAAUCAAAUCCCUCUUUGAUCGGUGACGUUUUACUUGUUGUAGCUAUUUGCUUAUGUAAUGCAUCAGAAGAAAUCAGAAGCCCAGAUCGGAAAAGAAAGCACCGGCCUCUCUUCCGAUUUCCACCGCCCCAUCCUCUCCCUCCCUCCUCCUCCUCCUCCUCCUUUCUCCUCCCUCAAUGACUCCCCUCUCCCUUACAAGCGCCCCACCCUCCUCUCCCACUCCCCUUCCUCCUCUCUAGUCAAGUCCCCCACCCUCUACAGACUCCGCCACCAAAACCCUCCUCCUCGUCCUCCUUCCCUCGCCGCCAAGGCCGCCUUCCUCCGCCUCCUCCGCCGCGCCAACCGCCUCCGCCGCCUCUUCCUCCUCCUCUCCCUCCCCUUGUUCUACUUCCUCGUCUCCCACCCCCGCCACUCCUUCCUCCUCGACUUCCUCUCCGCCUUCGCCUUCUCCUCCGCAUUGCUCUUCUCCCUCAAUUUAGCCCUGCCGCGGCUGCCGUCGAUUCGGCUCUUCCUCGCCAAGUCCUUCCCCAUCAUCAAGUCCUCCCCCUCCUCAUUGUCCCCGCCGCUGCCGGUGUUCUGGUCGAUCGGCUCGCGGCAGAAGCCCGAGAAGAGAGGCGUGUCGGGGUGCUGGGUGCAGGUCUACAGCAAUGGGGACGUGUACGAGGGGGAGUUCCACAAGGGCAAGUGUUCGGGGAGCGGGGUGUAUUACUAUUACAUGAGUGGGAGGUACGAGGGGGACUGGGUGGAUGACAAGUAUGAUGGCUAUGGUGUGGAGACUUGGGCUAGGGGGAGCCGGUACCCGGGGCAGUACAGGCAGGGGCUUAGGCACGGUUUCGGGGUGUAUAGGUUUUAUACUGGGGAUGUUUAUGCUGGGGAGUGGUCUAAUGGGCAGAGUCAUGGCUGUGGGGUGCAUACUUGCGAGGAUGGGAGUCGCUAUGUAGGGGAGUUUAAGUGGGGUGUCAAGCACGGCCUUGGUCACUACCAUUUCAGAAAUGGAGACACUUAUGCUGGAGAGUAUUUUGCGGAUAAAAUGCACGGAUUUGGUGUCUAUCAAUUUGCAAAUGGGCAUCGUUAUGAGGGUGCCUGGCAUGAGGGUAGAAGACAAGGCCUCGGUAUGUACACAUUUAGAAAUGGGGAGACUCAAGCUGGUCACUGGCAAAAUGGUGUCCUUGAUGUUCCAAGCACACAGAAUGCAUCGUUUCCUGUAUCUCCUGUUGCUGUCAAUCAUUCCAAAGUCCUUAAUGCAGUUCAGGAAGCACGAAUAGUGGCGGAGAAAGCCUAUGAUGUUGCCAAGGUGGAUGAAAGAGUUAAUAGGUCUGUCAUUGCAGCAAACAGGGCAGCCAAUGCUGCGAGAGUAGCAGCUGUGAAAGCUGUUCAGAAACAAAUGCAGCAUAAUAAUAGCACUGACCACAUUCCAAUUCCAGUUAUGUGAAACUCCUCGACGACAACUUCUUUAUUGUUGCAAGUUUCUGAGGUUAGAACAGGAGGUAGCUAAUGACUUCUUGUCUUACGCGGGUUCAAGUUAUAUGUUACAUAGAUUUUGUCUAGCCUCGAGAAGAUGUUGCUGCUAUGAACUCAUAUACUCAGGAGGAUCAGCAAGUUACUUAUCAUGGUUUAUUAGUUUGUGUACAUAGAGCAGUGGGAAUGCCCAGAGCAUUUGGGUGCGUUACUAAUUCCGGUUUCAAUGUUAGCCCCUUUUUGUAUAGAUGAGAUAGAUGUAAUAUAAGUGCUGGUGCCUGGUGAAAUCUUGACCCAGCAAGUCUGUUGUAU